AUGACUAACAAUAAUCAAGAAAAUGUUUUUGACCUUAACCAAGACCACAACUUAGGAGGGGCCGAUGAACAAAUUAAAAUAAACGAGCCGACGCAAAAUAUUGGUUCGGGGUUUGGGAGGCAAUUUUUUGUCCGUUCAUUAACUGGAAGUAUACUUGCAUUUAAGCUUAAUGCUGAUAUGACCAUACUGCAACUUAAAAAAGAAAUUGAGGACAAACAACAUAUUCCAGUCGAUCAGCAGCGUAUUGUUUACCAAGGAAAGCAACUCGAAGAUAACAAUACACUUGGGUAUUAUGAAAUUAGUGAUAAUGCAGAUCUUCAUCUUGUUACAAGGCUUAGAGGAGGAAACUGA